AUGGAGUGGGAAGGGCCGGCCAAGCAAGGCUUGUACGACCCUCAGAACGAGCACGAGGCCUGCGGGGUCGGUUUUGUUGUUGCCAUCGACGGCAAGCGCAGCCAUAAGAUCGUCCGUGAUGCCGAGGUCCUCGCCAAGCGCAUGGAGCACCGUGGUGCCUGCGCCUGUGACAACGACACCGGCGACGGGGCGGGCGUGCUCACGGCCAUCCCCCACCAGUUUUACUGCGCCCAGCUAAGGGAUGCUCACCAGAUCGACCUGCCGCCGUUCGGCAAAUACGCCACCGGCAUCUUCUUCCUGGACAAGCUGCACCACCAGGACAUCGAGAGGAAGUUCAAAGAGCUGGCCGAAAGCCUCGGACUCCGUGUCCUUUGCUGGAGGACUGUUCCGACCAAUAACACCACCAUCGGUCAAGUGGCCCGCAAUUCGGAGCCGUAUAUGCGGCAAGUGUUUGUCACCGGCGACAUCGAAGACGAAGAGCAGCUGGAGAGGCAGAUCUUCGUGCUGAGGAAGCGCGCCAGCCACGAGCUGGUGGUGCCGGGCGCCAGGUUCUACAUCUGCAGCCUCUCCCUCAGGACGGUCGUUUACAAGGGCCUGCUUACCUCCAAUCAGCUAUGGGAGUACUUCAAGGACUUGAGCAACCCAGCGUUCACCACUUAUUUAGCGUUGGUCCACACCAGAUUCUCAACCAACACCUUCCCCAGUUGGGAGCGGGCACAUCCAUUGAGAGUGCUCGCCCACAACGGGGAGAUAAACACGUUGCGAGGUAACGUCAACUUGAUGAAAGCGCGCGAGGGAGUUAUGAAGAGCGAUCUAUUUGGCGAUGACCUCAAGAAGCUGUACCCGGUGGUCGAGCCGAACCUAUCCGACUCCGGCUCGGCGGACUGCGUGCUGGAGUUCCUGGCCCACUGCGGCCGCCGCUCGCUGCCCGAGGCGGUGAUGACGAUGGUGCCGGAAGCUUGGCACUCGGACCCCACCAUGGCGGCGGGCAAGCGCGACUACUACAAGUGGGCCGCGGCCGCGAUGGAGCCCUGGGACGGGCCCGCGCUCAUCGCGUUCACGGACGGCCGCUACAUAGGGGCCAUCCUGGACCGCAACGGGCUGCGGCCGUCGCGCUUCUACGUGACCAGCGAGAACAUUCUGGUCAUGGCGUCGGAGGUCGGCGUCUACGACGUCGACCCGGAGAAGGUCAUACUCAAGAGCCGGCUGAAGCCCGGCCGAAUGCUGCUCGUGGACACCAAGGACAAGAAGAUCAUUCAGGAUGUUGAGCUGAAGAUGAAGAUCGCGAACAGCCGCCCCCACUCCGAGUGGCUCAAGGAACAGAUAACCAUGGAGGAGAUCCACAAGUCGGUGUCGCUGUCGGGCGUGGGCAAGGGCGAGGGCGCCGUCUCCGGCCUCUCCGACCGCCGGCUGGCGCUGUUCGGCUACACCGUGGAGGCCAUCAACAUGCUGCUGGUGCCCAUGAUCGAGAACAAGAAGGAGGCGCUGGGCAGCAUGGGCAACGACGCCCCGCUGGCCUGCCUCUCCCAGUUCCAGCCGCUGCCCUACGACUACUUCAAGCAGCUGUUCGCCCAGGUCACCAACCCGCCCAUCGACCCCUUCAGGGAGAAAAUAGUGAUGUCGCUGAUGUGCCCCAUCGGACCAGUGGCGAACAUCCUCGAGCCGAGUGCCGAAUUCGUCCAUCGGCUGUUCCUGCCGCAGCCGAUCCUUUCGCUGCCCGACUUGGAAGCCCUCAAGAGGAGCACACAUCGCGGAUGGCAGACGCAGGUGAUCGACUGCACGUACGCGCACACGGAGGGGCCGGCGGGUCUGGCGCCGGCGCUGGGCCGCGUGGCGGGCGAGGCGUGCGCGGCGGCCGAGCGCGGCGCGCAGCUGCUCGUGCUCAGCGACCGCGCCGCCGGGCCCACGCGCGUGCCCGUCAGCUCGCUGCUCGCGCUCGGCGCUGUUCAUCACCACCUCAUCGAGACUCGUCAACGUAUGAAGGUCGGCAUUCUGGUUGAGACUGCCGAGGCGAGGGAAGUCCACCACAUGUGUGUAUUACUGGGCUACGGCGCCGACGCGAUCUGCCCGUACCUGGCGUUCGAGCUGGCGUUCGCGCUGCGCGACGACGGCGUACUACCGCGGGACCUCCCCGACGAACAGAUCUACGCCGCAUACCAAAAAGCCAUCGAGACCGGCAUCGCCAAGGUGAUGGCCAAAAUGGGUAUCAGCAUGCUGCAGUCCUACAAGAGCGCGCAGAUCUUCGAAGCGGUCGGCCUCAGCGAAGAGGUCAUAGACAAGUGCUUCAAAGGAACCCAGUCCAGAAUCGGCGGUGUCACCUUUGAGAUCCUGUCAAAGGAGAUAUUUGACAGGCACGCUUUGACGUACGGCGUAGUCAGUGAUACUCUGGUUUUGAGGAACCCAGGCCACUACCACUGGCGCGCUGGCGGCGAGAAGCACAUCAACGACCCCGCCUCCAUCGCCAAUCUGCAGGAAGCGGCGGUUUCCAACAGCGCGAACGCUUACGACCGCUACAGAGAGAGCGCGCUGGAGUCGAUCCGCGCCUGCACUCUCCGAGGGCAGCUGGAGCUGGUGAAGCUGGACGAGCCUAUCCCCAUAGACGAGGUGGAGCCGGCCUCGGAAAUAGUCAAGAGGUUCGCAACAGGGGCGAUGUCGUUCGGCUCGAUAUCGCUGGAGGCGCACACGACGCUGGCGGUGGCGAUGAACCGCAUCGGCGGCAAGUCCAACACCGGCGAGGGCGGCGAGAACGCCGACCGCUACCUCAACCAGGAUCCGGAGUUCAACAGGCGGUCGGCCAUCAAGCAGGUGGCGUCGGGCCGCUUCGGCGUGACGGCCUCCUACUUGGCGCACGCGGACGACCUGCAGAUCAAGAUGGCGCAGGGGGCCAAGCCCGGCGAGGGCGGCGAGCUGCCCGGCUACAAGGUGACGGAGGACAUAGCGCGCACGCGCUGCUCGGUGCCGGGCGUGGGGCUGAUCUCUCCGCCGCCGCACCACGACAUCUACUCGAUCGAGGACCUGGCCGAGCUGAUCUACGACCUCAAGUGCGCCAACCCGCGCGCCAGGGUCUCCGUCAAGCUGGUCUCCGAGGUGGGCGUGGGCGUGGUGGCCUCGGGCGUCGCCAAGGGCAAGGCGGAGCACAUCGUGAUCUCGGGCCACGACGGCGGCACCGGCGCCAGCUCGUGGACGGGCAUCAAGAGCGCCGGCCUGCCCUGGGAGCUGGGCGUGGCCGAGACGCACCAGGUGCUGGUGCUCAACGACCUGCGCUCCAGGGUGGUGGUGCAGGCGGACGGCCAGAUCCGCACCGGCUUCGACGUCAUGGUGGCCGCGCUCCUGGGCGCCGACGAAUUCGGCUUCAGCACCGCCCCGCUCAUUGUGCUCGGCUGCACCAUGAUGAGGAAGUGCCACCUGAACACUUGCCCCGUGGGCAUCGCCACCCAGGACCCGGUGCUGCGCAAGAAGUUCGCCGGGAAGCCCGAGCACGUCGUCAACUACCUGUUCAUGCUGGCCGAAGAGGUGCGCGAGCACAUGGCGUCGGUGGGCGUGCGCCGCUUCCAGGAGCUGGUGGGGCGCACGGACCUGCUGAAGGUGCGCGAGGGCAACGCCAACCCCAAGGCGCGGCUGCUCAACCUCGGCCCCAUCCUCAAGAACGCGCUGCACAUGCGCCCCGGGGUCAACAUCGUCGGCGGCUCCAAGGCACAGGACUUCCAACUGGAGAAGCGUCUCGACAACCAGCUCAUCGAGCAGUGCGCCGGCAUCUUGAACGGCACCCAGAAACACAUCGACGUCAAGAUGAAGAUCACCAACGAGGAUCGUGCCUUCACGAGCACACUCUCUUACCACAUUGCCAUGAAGUACCAGGACUCGGGGCUGCCGGAGGGCAGCGGCAUCAACAUUUCGCUGGUGGGGUCUGCGGGCCAGAGCUUCUGCGCCUUCCUCGCCAAGGGGGUCUCGGUCACCCUGGAGGGAGAUGCCAACGACUACGUGGGGAAGGGCCUCUCCGGCGGCACGGUGGUGAUCUACCCCCCGCGCGGCUCCCCGUUCGAGUCGCACCUGAACGUGAUCGUGGGCAACGUGUGCCUCUACGGCGCCACCUCCGGACGGGCCUACUUCCGGGGCAUCGCUUCGGAGCGCUUCUGCGUGCGCAACUCCGGCGCCACGGCGGUGGUGGAGGGCGUGGGCGACCACGGCUGCGAGUACAUGACGGCCGGCACCGUGCUCGUGCUGGGCCUCACCGGCAGGAACUUCGCGGCCGGCAUGAGCGGUGGCAUCGCGUACGUUUACGACGUGGACGGCUCCUUCAAGGACAAAUGCAACCCGGAGAUGGUGGAACAGCUGCCGCUGGAGAAUGAAGAAGAUCUGAGCGAAGUCAAACAGCUUCUGGAGGAGUUUGUCGAGUACACCGGAUCCAUCAUCGCCAAGGACCUCCUGGCCACGUGGCCGGAGCCCGCCAAGAUGUUCGUGAAGGUGUUCCCGUACGAGUACCAGCGCGCCCUGAAGCAGAUGGCCCUGAUGAAGCCCAAGCCGAGGGCCGAAGUCAACGGAAAAGAGGAGAACGGGCUGGUCGACAUAGAGGAGGCCGUCAGGGACGUGGAGCUGGAGAAGAAGAAUUUGGAGAAGGUGCUCGAUAAGACCAGGGGCUUCAUAAAGUACCCGCGCGAGACGGCCCAGUACCGGCCCGCCGAGCGGCGGCUGCGCGACUGGGACGAGAUCUACGACGCGCGCGCGGUGCGGCGCGGGCUGCGCGUGCAGGCGGCGCGCUGCAUGGAGUGCGGCGUGCCCUUCUGCCAGAGCGGCCACGGCUGCCCGCUGGGCAACCUGGUGCCCAAGUGGAACGACCUGGUGUUCCGCCACGACUGGCGCCAGGCGCUCGCGCACCUGCUGCAGACCAACAACUUCCCGGAGUUCACGGGGCGCGUGUGCCCCGCGCCGUGCGAGGGCGCGUGCGUGCUCGGCAUCUCGGAGCCGCCCGUCACCAUCAAGAACAUCGAGUGCGCCAUCAUCGACCACGCCUUCGAGAGCGGAUGGAUACAGCCGGAGGUGCCGGAGUAUCGCAACGGAAAGACGGUGGCCGUCGUGGGAUCUGGUCCAGCAGGUCUGGCUUGCGCCCACCAACUUAACAAGGCCGGCUACCUGGUGACGGUGUUCGAGCGCAACGACCGCCCCGGCGGGCUGCUGCAGUACGGCAUCCCCAGCAUGAAGCUCAGCAAGGCGGUGGUGGCGCGCCGGCUGCAGCUGCUCGCCGCUGAGGGCAUCAGCUUCAAGUGCAACGUCGACGUGGGCAAGGAUAUAUCCGCGCGCGACCUCGCCAACGAGUACGACGCCCUAGUGCUGUGCAUGGGCGCCACGUGGCCGCGCGACCUGCCGCUCAAGGGGCGCGAGCUGAACGGCAUCCACUUCGCCAUGGAGUUCCUCGAGGGGUGGCAGAAGAAGCAGGCGGGCGGCGCGGCGGGCCACGCCAAGGAGCGGCCCGCGCUCUCCGCCACCGACAAGCACGUGCUCGUCAUCGGCGGCGGGGACACCGGGUGCGACUGCAUCGGCACCGCCCUGCGGCAGGGCGCCCGCUCGGUGACCACUUUCGAGAUCCUGCCGCAGCCGAGCGCCUCCCGCCAGAGGGACAACCCCUGGCCCCAGUGGCCGCGCGUCUUCAGAGUGGACUACGGUCACGAGGAGGUCAAAGUGAAAUUCGGUAACGACCCCAGACAGUUCUCUACGCUUACAAAGGAGUUCCUCGAUGACGGGCAGGGCAACGUGUGCGGCGUGGCGUGCGUGGAGGUGGAGUGGGAGCGGGGCGCGGGCGGGCGGUGGGAGAUGCGCGAGAAGGGGGGCACGGCGCGGGUGGUGCGCGCCGACCUGGUGCUGCUGGCCAUGGGCUUCCUCGGCCCCGAGCGAUACGUCGCCAACCAGCUCGAUCUGCCGCUGGACGCACGAAGCAACGUCGAAACGGAUAAAUCGAACAUAUACAAGACCCCCGUCGAAAACGUUUUCGCCGCUGGAGACUGCCGCCGCGGGCAGUCGCUGGUGGUGUGGGCCAUCUCCGAAGGCCGGCAGGCGGCACGCGCGGUGGACCUGCAGCUGAGCGGCCGCUCCAGCCUGCCCGGCCCCGGCGGCGUGCUCUACGCC